AAAUUUACAGUUAGGUUAUACCUAAGCAGAGUCUAGCAGCGAGAGUCGAGUUAUACCUAAGCAGAGUCUCCAAGACUCGAACUUUUUUGCCCUCUUGCAGCAGUGUGUUCAACUAAUGGCGGAGUGUUUACACAGUUGUUCGGUUCGCUCGCUUUCUAUUUGAAUUCGCGCUCCCUCUCUCAAGGGUUUUUUUCCUUCUGUAGCAGUGUCUCUGCAUGGCGUGCUUUCUCUGAUUCUCUAUUUUCACAAAGUUGAUGCAUGGAGGGAUAGUCAAGUGCGCAAAUAAUUGGUGCAACAUUUUGUAAUCGAGGGUUCAAGAGCCAUAUUUUUUGUAGCACGUUUAACCGGAUCCAUAUCUAUCUUUUAGAACUGGAAACCAUCCAAAAGGUCUUGAGAUUGCGAAAUAAAACCUACUUCAGAGUUCAAGAGUGCCAAAAGUAUCCAUCAAUCAACAGAAUAGUGUGGAUGAAUUUUAUAAAUGUUCAGUGUACAUCUGUGGCCUGUGCUGUGAAGAAGUGAAGAAUGAAAUUGGAAUCGAAAUUUCUAUCUCCUCUACUGUAUAUGAAGGCUGCAAUACUCCAUUGGUGUUUAUAAUUGAUUGGUCGUUGUUCAUGAUGAAGUAUUGGUAGCGAGUGCAUAGUGUCCAGUAAAUGUAUAUGAAAUUAGAACUCUGUAAAGAAUUUGCGGUUUGCAGCAUGCAAGUAGGUUUGAUAUAUGAAUGUUCACAAGGAAAAGGGAGUUCACACAUUACAGUUAGCAUGAUUUCUUCCGGCCAUUGUCUUGCUUGGCAUAUCACUUUCAAAGACUGGUUGAAAGUAUAGUCUCUGCCUUGCGAUUAUUAUCACGUUCGAUGGAAGGUUCCUGCAAAUGUGUUAGCUAGGAGGCUUGAAAACAUGGCUAGGAGUAUAAUCAGUCCCGGAGAAUGUGCUUAAGUCAAAGGAAAGCAAAUGUUAAGUGUUCAUCAAUUGCAAAUGAGGUGGUGAAUCACUAUUUAAAAGUCAAUAGCCAUGGCAUAUAUUGCAAAUUAGGCAUUUAGAAGGUCGUUGAUCCUAUAAAUUGACACUUUUUAUUUAAAUGAGAAGGAACUAUAUUGAAGAAGCAGCACCACCUAUAUUGAAGAAUGUGGCAAGGUGGUGCCAUCCAAUUACGAGAGAGAGAGAGAGAAGACUUAAAUGAAGGGCAAAGAGUUCAAGUCCUACAAUCAAGCAUAUCUAGGCCAUCAAUGAGAGUGGUUUCAUUAAAAGAACUGCUAUUGGUCUCUAAAAAUUAUACUUUGCUGUGACUCUCGGAGUGAGUGAACAUUGUGCUGCCUUUUGAAAAUGAGUGGAAUUGGAAGAAAGCGUAUUUCUAAGUGGGAUUUGAAAGAGGAAUCUCGGCUAUCAGUUGAUAAUGUCCAAGACAGAUCUUGGUCAGGGAGAACAGGCGCAUCUUUCCAUGAAAAAGAGACGGAAUCUGGUUAUGAGGGUUAUAGCAUGAGAAUGUCUCCUGGUCUUGAUGACUGGGGAAAGCAAAGACACCGCCACUCUCCUAAAAAUGAAUGGAACGGAUCACGCAGUGUAGGAGGGUUCACUUUCUUGUUCUCACUAGUGAUGCAUGCGGCUCGAUUGGUCUCUUUACUGGUGUUUCUUGGUCUCUGUAUUAUUUGCAGGAGCCGGAGCCGGAGCCGGAGCCGGAGCCGGAGCAGGAGCAAGAGCCCUGUCCGUGGCUUUAGGCGAGAAUCAGGAGUUCCUGGUAGAAGUAGAAACAGAUCUGGAUCUGCACAAUUAUGUAGAGAUUUUUCUGCUGGGAGGUGCAGAAGGGGCGACCAUUGCCCAUUUUAUCAUCAAGGUACUCAGAAUUAUGAGGAUAGUUGGGAAAAUAGACAAAGGAAACCUGGAGGUUCAGACUAUUCACCUUCCCAUGAUUCUCGGGAGUACCCUGAGAGGAGUGCGAGAUCUCUUGAUUGUUGUAGUGAGUUUCUUAAAGGUAGGUGUCGCAGGGGGGCAUCUUGUAGAUAUGCUCAUCAUGGCGCUUCUGAUGUGUUUGGCAAAGUAUCUGGAGAAGAUGUUAUUAGAGUAAGAGAAAAUGACAGAAGGCAUAGAGAUGUGUCUCAGGAGUGGAGUGGCGAACCUGAAUCCCGCAGGAGCAUUGAUGUAACCUGCAAAUAUUUUGCAGCAGGAAAUUGUCGUAAUGGGAAAUAUUGCAGGUUUUCUCAUCAUGGUCCAGCACGUGUAAGUCCUGACCAAAGGUCAAGAGAUAAUCGGUUGGUUCAGGGUCGCAAUGCAGAAGAUGUGGAGAGGUCAAAGAAUGUUUCGAAAUGGGGUGAUACAGAUACAUUUCCAAAUUCUGCAAAAUGGAAUGAUGACAAAAACAAAGUUACGGGUGCCCCUGAAUCAAGGUUUACCGCUUGGCCUACCUCUUCUAGAUGGGGCAGCCAUCGUUUUGAUAAUAGAGAUCCGAAGGACAGUGAUAAAGCAGCUGAAGAUGACAAGAAAGAAGGCCUUCAUUGGACAGCAGAAAAUGCAAGUGCUGGUGUAUGUGCCUCUGAACCAAAAGGUGGUGAUAGUUGGCUUGGCGAUAUGGAAAUGUCUCCUGACUGGAACUAUAAAGAGCAACCUUCAAAAAAUUCCAUGAAAGAAGAGCAGGGCUCUGUUGUCCAGAGUUUGCAUUCUCUAAUGCCUACUGAAACUAAUCAUAAUCCGGAUAUAAAUCAUGGGGUGUCUGGUCAGAUGUAUGAUACCUCUUCAGUAAAGCAACCAAUGACAGUGGAAAGGUCUGCCUUUCAUCAGGACUUGAAUCUGAUGGAGGGUGGCACAGUUGCAUUGCCAUGCAAUGAUAUUAACACAAUUGGAAAGACCGCCACUUCUCGCAUGGAUCUAAAUUAUAAUAUGAACAUCUUGCCUGGACAAAGUUUUGAACAUAACAUCCAGAGUUCAAAUGUUGCGCCUUUUUCAAACGUAAAUGCCGUUGGGAAAAGUCAAAUGGCUAUUCCUAGUGACCCUUCAGGUGGUGGAAACAUAAUAAAUCAUCCCAUUCAUGCAGCAUCUCUGAAUGGAACACCAAGCAAGAAGCUAGAGAUUGGAGAUGUGACCUUGUCCCAAGUAAGUUCUGGAAUUGUGCCAUCUCAGAACAUGGUUAGCAAUGAGCAGCUCACUAGCCUCUCAGUCUCUCUUGCACAUUUGUUAGCAAACGGGCAGCAGCUUCCACAAAUUUAUGCAUCUCUUAGUUCCCAUGUUGCAACAGAUCUACCUGCUAUUGCCAAAACUGAAAGGCCUACUGAACCAGGUUCUGCAGCGUCCUCUCAGCCAAAUCAGGUCAUUGGAGACGAGAAGCGAUAUGAUCCUUUGUGUGAAAGCAGUGAUGCAAACAAGCACAAUGUCAGCAACGGUCAACUGGGGCAAUGCAUUGUAGACAGAGAACCACAGAUAUCAUCAGAAAGAUUAGACCACUCAUCUUUUGCUGUAGAAACUAAUGGCAAUAAUGAUAAUAAAGUACGAGAAGAACCAGGUAAAAUUGCUGAAAUUACAAAGGAAAACAAUGCCAUGGGGGCUGAGGAAAGUAAUAAAGUAGGAGAGCAGGCUGAAGUUCAGCAAGAUAAUGGUUCGGGGGCAAAGGUUGAAGGAGAUGCCAAGACUGGCGAGGGCAAGAAGAUCAAGGAUAUCAAGGGGAUGCGCACAUUUAAAUUUGCACUAGUGGAGUUUGUUAAGGAGAUCCUGAAACCCACAUGGAAGGAAGGUCAGAUGAGUAAAGAUGCUUACAAAAAUAUUGUGAAGAAAGUGGUUGACAAGGUGACUAGUACAGUGCAGGGAUCUAAUAUUCCUCAGACUCAAGAAAAAAUUGAUCAAUAUCUUUCAUUUUCAAAGCCAAAGCUGAAUAAACUUAUACAGGCAUAUGUGGAAAAAUCCCAGAAGGCCUCAUGAAAACAAGGAACAUUCAGUGCUUUCAUUGUUGAAUUUUCAAUUUUCUCCAUGUAUUGCAAGCACAUAUUGUCAUAGAAUGUUUCUUGUUCCCUCACUGUCUCUGUGGUACAAUCUUUUUUGGUUCUCGGACACUUGCAGCCGAAAAUGGUAUCGAGUUCAAGCGCGAAUGAGAUCACCAAUUCUCCUGUAUCAGGACCUGGAUGAAUUGGCAGUUUGGUACAAUAUUGAUAGCUUAGUUUACAGUCUAUUCCGUCAGUUUGAAUUGUUUGAUAGUAAUCUAUCAAUUUGCAGGUCUUGAUUCUUCA